ACCCCAAAAACACUGUCAGUUUGACAAAUUUCACCAUCAACCUUUCAACCAUAAACCCAUCUGAUAAAAAUGCUUAUCCAGUCAAUAUGCCUAAGAAAACUGUGUGCUGCUACUCAUACAACUGCAGCAAUGGCUGCUGCAAUCUCCCUUGCUCACUCCACCAUCUUCCUUUCUAAACCUUCACUCUUUCUCUCCAGAAAUCGUGUCGCCGCCUUCGCUUUCUCCACCUCUUCCGCCGUUUCUUCCGACAAUCUUCGCACCAAGAAAUGGCGGCAACCUGUAAUGGCGGCAUCUGCUGUUGAGCUCGGCGGCGUUAAGAUUUCCAAAGAAGACGUGGUGCGCGAUGAUCCCACAAACAAUGUCCCUGAUACAAUCUUCACAAAACUUGGGAUGCAACUACAUAGGAGGGAUCAACAUCCACUUGGCAUAUUGAAGAAUGCAAUAUAUGAUUAUUUCGAUACGAAUUAUUCCAACAAAUUUGAAAAGUUCGAAGAUCUUUGUCCAAUUGUUCCCGUGAAAGCGAAUUUUGAUGAUGUCUUGGUUCCUGCUGAUCAUGUUAGCAGGAGUUAUAAUGAUACGUACUAUGUUGACUCCCAAACUGUUUUGAGGUGUCAUACAAGUGCUCAUCAAGCUGAAAUAUUGAGGAGUGGACACACUCAUUUCCUUGUAACAGGAGAUGUCUAUCGCAGAGACUCUAUUGACUCUACCCACUAUCCAGUGUUCCAUCAGAUGGAAGGUGUUCGUGUAUUUUCCCCAGAAGAUUGGGAGUCAUCUGGUCUGGAUGCUACAACGUAUACAGCUCAGGAUUUAAAGACAUGUCUGGAGGGGUUGGCACGCCACUUAUUUGGUGCUGUUGAGAUGCGGUGGGUUGAUACUUAUUUUCCGUUCACCAGUCCAUCAUUUGAACUUGAAAUAUUUUUCCAGGAAAAGUGGCUGGAAGUGUUGGGCUGUGGAGUAAUGGAGCGAGAGAUACUAAAGAGAAGUGGGAAAACAGAAAACUAUGCUUGGGCUUUUGGAUUGGGAUUAGAGAGGCUAGCAAUGGUCUUAUUUGACAUACCUGAUAUUCGACUUUUCUGGUCAAAUGAUGAGCGUUUUACUUCUCAGUUCACUAAAGGCCAGCUUGGUGUCAAGUUUAAGCCAUUUUCAAAGUUCCCUCCUUGCUACAAAGACAUGAGUUUUUGGAUAAAUGAGUCAUUUACCGAGAACAACUUAUGUGAAGUGGUCCGAGGCAUUGCAGGAGAUCUUGUGGAAGAGGUGCAAUUGAUUGAUAAUUUUACCAAUAAGAAAGGCAUGACUAGUCACUGUUAUCGAAUUGCUUAUCGAUCUAUGGAGCGUUCUCUUACAGAUGAGGAGAUAAAUGACUUACAGUCAAAAGUGAGAGAGGUGGUGCAAGAUAAGUUGAAGGUUGUUUUAAGAUAAGAAUGUGGCGCCAAGAUCUAUGGCUUGUGAUUUCUGCCUUGUAAAUUUCUUCAUUCGGUAUAAUCUAUAUAUGAAAUAAGUUCUUUUUGCUUAAGAGAAUUCAUUGGUAGCUUUCAGCUUAUUAAUUUUUGUGGUUUUACACAUGCAUGAGAACCCUUAGGAUCAAUUCUAAAUUGAGUAGUAGAUAAUGUUGUACCAGUAUUCUACAUGGUAAUGAUUUUGGAAUUCUGCUGCUGCUGAACAGAACCUAUCAGUAUUCUACACGACUACAGCAAUACUGUUUCCUUUGCUAUUUGUAGAUGUCUGCUGUUUUUGAACCUGAAUAUUAUGCAUUGUAAUACAUGGAGUGGCUAACCUUUUCCUUUUUCUUGUUAUA